GGUAUCCUACUUCAGGUCACGUGACUUCUCAAAAUAAAGAGCACAUUUCCUUUUUCCCAUCACGACCAUAAAGACGAGGAUGUCUACCCCCACUAAUCCAACAGUUAUUCAAAAAGCUGUUGUAAAGCAGGUCCUUUCUGGUGACACUGUUGUGUUACGAGGACAACCAAAAGGAGGACCACCACCUGAGAGAACAGUUUGCUUGUCAAAUAUAACUGCACCAAAAUUGGCAAGAAGAGCUAAUCCAAAUGUAGACUCCUCGGUUGAGACUAAAGAUGAGCCAUGGGCCUGGGAAGCUCGGGAAUAUCUGCGUAAAAAACUAGUUGGAAAAGAGGUUGUGUUUACAGUGGAAUAUAAAGUUCCCGGCACUGGAAGAGAAUAUGGAGUUAUUUACCUUGGAAAAGAUACUAGCGGAGAAAAUAUUACUGAAUCUUUAAUUGCUGAGGGUUUGGUUGAAGUAAGAAAGACUGGACUUAAGAAUGAUGACCCUGCUCAGCAAAGGUUAGCUCAGUUGGAAGAUGCUGCCAAGGCUGCAGGCAAGGGCAAACAUGCUGAAGGGGAAGCAAGUAAACAUGUCAGAGACAUUAAGUGGACAAUAGAUAAUCCUCGUCACUUUGUAGACUCUCAUCAUAAUAAACCAAUUGAUGCCGUUAUUGAGCAUGUGAGAGAUGGUUGUACUGUCAGGGCAUUUCUAUUGCCAACUUUUGAAUAUGUGACUGUUAUGCUAGCUGGAAUUAAGUGUCCAAUGAACAAACAGGAUGCUGAUGGUAAACAGGUUCCAGAACCAUUCAUGGAAGAAGCCAAGUAUUUUACAGAAUCUCGACUACUUCAAAAGGAUGUCAAAAUCAUUUUAGAAGGGGUCUCAAAUCAAAAUUUACUUGGAACAAUUUUACAUCCUAAUGGCAACAUUACUGAGUUUUUGUUAAAAGAAGGCUUUGCUCGCUGUGUGGACUGGUCAAUGGGGGUUGUUACGCAGGGUGCAGAUAAACUGAGAGCUGCUGAAAAAAUAGCUAAAGACAAGAAAUUAAGAAUAUGGAAAGAUUAUAAACCAGCUGAAUCUAACAUCAACAUCAAAGACAAGUCAUUCACUGGGAAAGUUGUUGAAGUAGUUAAUGGUGAUGGCCUAGUCAUCAAGUUGGACAAUACUUUUAAAAAGAUCUUCUUGGCGAGCAUUAGGCCACCUAGACCUUUGGAAGGUCAGGGAGACGCACCAGUGAAAGAGACUCCUAACAAAAGGUCAAGGCCACUGUAUGACAUUCCAUACAUGUUUGAAGCUCGAGAAUUUCUUAGGAAAAAACUCAUCGGAAAGAAGGUAAAUGUGGAAGUGGACUAUAUACAACCUCCAAACCAAGGAUACCCUGAGAAAACUUGCUGCACAGUAACAAUAGGUGGGAUAAAUGUUGCUGAGGCCUUAGUUAGUAAAGGUCUGGCCACUGUAAUCAGAUACAGACAGGAUGAUGAUCAAAGGUCUUCUCAUUAUGAUGAACUUCUUGCUGCUGAAGCCAGAGCUGUCAAAAAGGGAGCUGGUCUCCAUAGUAAAAAAGAGGCACCCAUUCACAGAGUGGCUGAUGUUUCAGGAGAUGUGGCAAAAGCUAAACAGUUUUUACCAUUUUUACAAAGAGCAGGAAGAUCUGAAGCUGUUGUGGAGUUUAUUGCUAGUGGAUCUAGGUUAAGACUGUAUCUACCUAAGGAAACCUGCCUCAUCACCUUACUAAUCUCUGGCAUAGAAUGCCCUAAAGGAGCCAGAACAUUGCCCAAUAACCAAAACUUCCCUGCAGAGCCAUUUGGAGAAGAGGCUUUGCUGUUUACCAAAGAAAUGUGUAUGCAGAGGGAGGUAGAAGUUGAAGUGGAAGGCAUUGACAAAGGUGGCAACUUUAUUGGAUGGCUGUUUGUUGAUGGGGUUAAUUUGUCUGUUGCUUUGGUAGAAGCUGGUCUUGCAAAAGUUCACUUUACAGCUGAGAAAAGUUCAUUCUAUAAAACUUUGUUAGAGAAAGAGGCAAAGGCUAAAGAAGACAAAUUAAAGAUUUGGGCCAACUUUGUUGAAGAGAAAGAAGUAAAGAUUGAAGAGGAGCCGGUGGAGCGUAAACCUAACUACAACAGAGUUAUUGUUACUGAAGUAACUGAUGACUUGACGUUCUUCGCACAAAAUGUGGACAAUGGUACAAAUCUAGAAAAGUUAAUGGAAGACUUGCGGCAGGAAAUGGAAGUGAACCCCCCUCUACCAGGUUCUUACACAGCACGUAAAGGAGAUCUUUGUGCAGCUCGCUUUUCUCAAGAUAAUCAGUGGUACAGAGCUAAACUUGAAAAAAUUGAAGGCAGCACUGCAACUGUACUUUUUGUGGAUUAUGGAAAUAGAGAAAAGACAGCUGUAUCAGGUUUAUGUGCAUUGCCAGGCAGCUUCAAAACACUUCCACCACAAGCCACUGAAUAUACACUUGCCUGUGUAUCAGUCCCAAGUGAUGAAGAUGCUAAGCAAGAUGCUGUUGAUGCUCUUUACAAUGACAUCCUGAACAAGACAAUGCUACUCAAUAUUGAGUAUCGUGGUGGCAGUGGCAGUCCUGACUAUGUCUCCCUAAAGCAUGCUGAAACAGAUGAUGAUGUAGUGACAGCAUUGAUAACUGAAGGUUACUUGACAGUGGAGGCACGGAAGGAAAAAAGACUGGCCAAAAUGGUCUCUGAAUAUCAAAAGGCUCAAGAAGAGGCCAAAAGAUUAAGGAAAAAUCUAUGGCGCUAUGGAGACUUCCGGGAAGAUGAAGCAAGGGAAUUUGGCUACACUCGCUAGAGAAGCCCAAUUCAACUAAAAUGUCAACACAAGUUAAAGAUAGUUAUUUAAUAGCCCUUUGCUGUAGAAAAUAUUGUAGUUUUUUUGUCUGAAAAAUUCAUGUUUUGAAACUAAGCAAAAACAAUCAAAUGUUUAAUAAUUUGAUUAUGUUACUUCCAAGUCAAAACAGCAUUUACCCAUUGAAAACAAUUUAAUUGUACAGAUUUUUUUUUAAGAACAUUUUUAUUAAACAUAUGAAACUAUUGUAUUCUUCAAUCCAAAACAAACUCCAAGGCACAGGGCUGUUACAUGUCUCCAACACAAGUGAACACUAGGCAUUAUACACUUUAUCUUUAUGAGAUACCUUUUCUUUUUUUUUUAACAGCAGAAUGCAGUCAGAAAAUAAUAUUGGUCUGUUUUAUCUACAUUUAAGGGACAAUUCUUUUAUCAUUUUUCUUAUUUGUUCUUUUGUCUUUUGAAUCAUUUCUUGAGCAACUAUUGGGAAUUACAAAAUGUUGAGUAUCUUGUUUAUUCUUUCUUGAGACAUGACGAAUUGUAUUUUCCGACUGUAUUUUGUGCUCCAAGUGGUAAUGGGGAAUCAAAAGUUUUGGCACAAUCUUAUGCAUGCCAUGUGAAAGGAAUGUUUUGUUUGUUUGUUGUAGAGUGUGUAUUUUGAGAGAUCUACAAUUUUUAUCAAGUCAACUUAUUGCAUUUAAUUGACUGAAGCGAUUUCUUUUUUGACAGGAUCAAAGUUUUUUUUUUCUUGGUCAAAUAAAUUGUGCCAAAGCAA